UUGAACAACGUACGUAACGUAAGUGAAGUGCACAAGUAAUUAACAAACAUUGUAAGCGCGAAAUGGCGAUUCGUUUGUUUUCCAUUUUGGGAAAUGCAAGGCAGUUUCAGAAGCUGCAGUCGGGUGCAAGAAACGGCCAUUGUUCGGAUGUUCCGAAAGGGCAUUUGGCGGUUUACGUUGGAGAGCUGGAGAAGAGGAGAUAUGUGGUUCCAAUAGCGUACCUUAAUCAUCCUCGUUUCCAGAUGUUGUUAAAGACAGCUGAGGAAGAGUUUGGGUUUGAUCAUCCCACCGGCGGCCUCACCUUGCCCUGCAAUGAGGAUGCUUUCCUUCAUCUCAUCUCACUUCUCAGCUAAUCUUCAACUCUUCUCAUCUCAUCUUCAUCCUCCAAGUACUAUACAUCAUUUUAGAAUCUAUAAUUAGCUUAUAUAUUCAACUGAAGAUCAUCCUUUUCUAUUUGAUCUUCUUUUCUUUUCAUUAUCUCUUCAUUCGUUCUUUAUCGAGUUGUAACAUUCACACACCAAUAUAAAAUGUAUACUGCAUACAAAUUUUUAGCUUAAAUGUAUACUUUGGAGUCUAGCUAAAUCAACACACGCAAAUUGUAACUAACCAAAAGAUUUGAAACAGUUAGAUCGAUUAGCUUAGUUUGUUUUGU